CCCCCACUCCCCGCCCCGCCAGCGCCGAGAUCCGGGAACUUAAACCUGCACCAGCCCGUUCGUACCGGAAGCCGGGAGCCGGCGCCGGCGCGGCGCUCGCGGUCACGUGUCGGGCCGGAUCCCGCGUCCUCAGCCCCGCAGCUGGGCUGGGCCGGUCUCCCUCUGAAACCGAGAAGGCCGCGGCUGGGAGUGGAGCUUCAGGCCCCUGCGGAUUUAGACCGCCCUCCUCGGCCUCAGGACGGGUGGCGGUGACCUUAGAUGGCCCUGAACCGGCCUCCAUCUCAGGGGCGCAGUUAGCCUGUAAGAUCUGAGAAAAAUCUUUUCCAUCUCCCUGAGCCAGCAAGGGAGUCUUUCCUCAAAUGUCCCUUCCCCCUACCCCAGUUUUCGGUGACCUGUCCUGUUUCUCUUUUUAUCCCUUUUAUUGGUCAGACAUUUUCCCAUUGUGUCCACUCUGGAAUAGGGUCCAGAAAAGUUACAAGGGAGAACUACUGAUAUUAAACCCUAGAGGUAACAGUCUAGACCCCAUCCAAUGCUUGGAGCCCCUCAGACAGCUUGGAGUCCAAAAAAAGGGCUGGCUUUUCUUCCUGCACUUCACAAUCUCUUGAAGCCGGUAAUUCUGCCUCUAGGCCGCCCUAUUUCAUGCCUUUACGUUGAACCCAACAAUGUGUAUCUCUUUGUAGGUUUGUGCUUCUGGCCUGGGAAUGCUUCCUCUGGUAGUCAUUGGAUAGAGCAGGGACAGUCCUUUCCCCUGUGGAGACCAUGAGUCUGUGUGCUAAUUAGGCCACAUCCUUACACAGAUACAUGCAGCACCCCAACUAGCCCCUCUCUUUUGUUCCUAGGCAGCUUGGCCACAUCCUCCUUCCCCAGUGCCCCAGUGUGAUCACCUAGUCCCCUCCAUCCAGGGAAGGGCAUUCCAGAAAGCCUUUCUUUUGCUGUUCCUUACAGUCCUGGCUGCCCCUGUCCUCAACCCCUGCAGCAGUUCCUUUGGCAGCUCAGUUAUAGCAUUUGUUUUAGUCUGAUCCCAUGAAGUGACCUGGUUAAACCUUCUAGAAUCCUGUUACUCCAGGGUCUGGGGCAGUUACGUUUGCUCUAAAUCUUACCAUAAAAUAGAAUCGCAGAAAUCCCUCUCUUUGGAGGAACUGGAGGCCCUGCCAGCCCCUUCCCCCUACUCUGGUUCUCUAUUAUUAAUAGUGUGCCUGCUUUCCCUACCCACUGCAGUUGGCUUUUGGUGUUACCUUGAUUUAAUUUCUCAGACAUGGACUUUUAUACAGCGUGACCUUAUUUCCCAGUUUGUGGGAGGCAGUUCUGGCUUAUACCUAUUGUCCCACACAGCAGUAUCUCCUUUAAGUUUCAAAAGGUUUGAAACUUUAUUCAUUUAUUUUUUGAGACAGUCUCUCACUUUGUCACCCUCCGUAGAGUGCUGUGAUGUCUUAGCUCACAGCAGCUAUGACAUCUUGGAUUCAAGUGAUUCUCUUGCCUCAGCCUUCCAAGUAGCUGGGACUACAGGCCCUCCUAUUUUUAGAGAUGAGGUCUCGAUCUUGCUCAGGCUGGUCUUGAAUCUUUGAGCUCAGGUUAAUCCACCUGCCUUGGCCUCCCAGAGUGCUAGGAUUAUAAACAUGAGUCACUGCACACGGCCUUUAAAAGGACUCGGGUCCUCAAAUUACAGCCUGCGGGCCACGUGAGGCGGUGUGAUUCUAUUUGUUCCCGUUUUGUUUUUUUACUUCAAAAUAAGAUGUGCAGUGUGCAUAGGAAUUUUUCCAUAGUUGUUUUUUUUUUAAACUAUAGUCCGGCUCUCCGACGGUCUGAGGGAAAGUAAACUGGCCCCCUGUUUAAAAAGUUCGAGGACCCCUCAUUUAGACAGUUAAGUUUGUCUCUGACUCUAAAUUGGAUACACUUGUAUUUGUGGGCAGGGAAGUGGCUCAUGGCAGCUCAUGUAGGAUUUGCACUGGCUCAUGGGGGCAGAGCCAUGGCCCAGGAAACCAGAAUUCCUUCAGGUUAAUGCUAGCUCAUAUCCUACUUAUGGGUGAAGAACUUUAGGUGGCUUUACUCUCAGAGGGCAGGGAUUCCCCUCCUGCCCUGACACAGGAGAGUCCAGGCUGGUAAUGAGAGCUCUGUCUAGUCACAUUCAUCCCCAGGGUACUGUGGGCUUCAAAACCAGAACCCCUAAAUUCACCAUCAUAAUCCAGGGAAAGGCAUUCAGAGAUCAAGCACAGCUCCUUGACAUGGCAUGUGGCUCCUAGGAACCUAACUGUUGUGGUAGUGUGACCAAAGUUAGGCCCGGGGUGCCCUGGGACUCCCCCCACUCAAUGAACCAGAGAGCUCUGAGUCCAUGCAGGGCAGUUAGCUACAGCUGGAGAGUUUUAAGGGCAGCAUAUCAGCACUUCUAACUAUCCUCGUAGGGUUAGGCUGAGAUGUAGGGUACUGGUUAUUGACUAAGAUAAUCAACCAUCCCAGUUCGCCUGGGAUUGAGAGGUUUCCUGGGACUUUGCACGAGUUUUAAAACCAGAAGUCCCAGGAAGACAGGGAUGAGUUAGUCACUCUAUUCUAAGCCCUGGCUGUGUGUUAGACUCACUUGAGGAGCCUCUCCCUUAGACAAUAACUUAAUUGAUCCAGGUAGGAUGUCAGGUAGGUGUUUUUUUUAAAGCUCCCAAACUGAUUUCAAUAAAACUGUUUUUCAACCCUUUUUCAUCUGAUGGUAACUUGAACCUACAGUUAAACUUCCACAGCACACUUAGAUUAUGUUGAUCCAAAAAAAAAAAAAAAAAAGUGGGGCAGCAUCUGUGGCUCAAAGGAGUAGGGCGCUGGCCCCCUAUGACAGAGGUGGCGGGUUCAAACCCAGCCCUGGCCAAAAACUGCACCAAAAAAAAUAAAUAAAUAAAAAAUAAAAAAAGAAUAUACUUGCUGUGCUUUGAACUUUCAAAAAUAAUUUAAUUAGGGUGGCGCCUGUGGCUCUAAGGAGUAGGGUGCCGGCCCCAUAUGCCGGAGGUGGCCUGUUCAAACCCAGCCCUGGCCAAAAACUGCAAAAAAAAAGAAAAAAAAUUUAAUUAAUGAUCUUUUAAGAUUUUUGUGGCAUACCUAAGAUCCUUUCACGGCACACCAGUGUGCUACGGCACCCUGGGUGAAAAUCACCACAUAAACUAUCAAGAAUUGAGAACUAUUAGGUCGUAGGCAAUGUCCCUAAAUAACCACUGAAGGCAGUUAUUUUUUGAGAAGUGGACUCAGUCAUGUCUCAAAGUGGGGUAUGACCAGGUAUGUCAGUUUUCUCCUUAUCAAGAGGGAUGUUAUAAUGGUGGUCUUCUACUAUAGCUAUGUUCUUUCCCCACCCUGAGGCCUCCUUUUUCACCACUGAGGACCAAGCUUUCUGAUUUCCCAGCAUGCUCCAGUACCCACUCCCACUAGGUAGUAGAUCCACACCUUGCAGGUGUUUCUCCAUGGAAGUUUCUUUUAUCUGAAUGUUUACUGGCUCUAUUUCCUCUUUCUUUCCCUCUUUAGCCCAUUUUGCACAAUCUUUCAUUUCCAUUGCUUUCAAGGUCAUUCAAUGGAAUGGCCUCGUUUGGAUUGGAGGGGUCAUGAUUUGCACAGUCACAGAAGAAGCUGGUAUGAGAUUUGAGACAGGGCUCCCAUCCCCAGGUCUGGGACAUGUGUGCUUCAUCCUCAUCCCAGGGGAUGUAGGAGCUUGGAGACCACGUGCCCUUGGGACUAUCCCCUCUGUAGGCUUCCAGGAUCAUGUGGUACGUCAGCACCCGGGGCAUGGUCCCCCGGGUCAACUUUGAGGGGGCCCUCUUCUCUGGCUAUGCAUCAGAUGGGGGCCUCUUCAUGCCGGAAGAGCUCCCACAGCUGGACAAAGAGACCCUGAGUCAGUGGAGCACACUUUCCUACCCUGGCCUGGUGAAGGAGCUGUGCGCCCUCUACAUUGGCCCUGAGCUCAUUCCAAGAGAUGACUUAAACGAUCUGAUUGACCGAGCCUUCAGCAGAUUCCGCCACAAAGACGUGGUCCAUCUGUCCAGGUUGAAGAAUGGGCUGAAUGUGUUGGAGCUGUGGCAUGGAGUCACAUAUGCAUUCAAGGACCUGUCCCUGAGCUGCACAGCACAGUUUCUGCAGUACUUCCUUGAGAAGAGGGAGAAGCAUAUCACUGUGGUUGUAGGAACGUCUGGGGACACAGGGAGUGCUGCCAUUGAGAGUGUUCAAGGGGCAAAGAAUGUGGACAUCAUCAUUCUGCUGCCCAAAGGUCACUGCUCAAAGAUUCAGGAGCUCCAGAUGACAACAGUGCUGAAAGAGAACGUCCAUGUGUUUGCAGUGGAGGGAAACAGCGAUGAACUUGAUGAGCCAAUCAAGGCUGUGUUUGCUGAUGUGGCUUUUGUCAGGAAGCACCAUCUGAUGAGCCUGAAUUCAAUCAACUGGUCCCGGGUCCUCGUGCAAAUGGCCCAUCACUUCUUUGCUUACUUCCGGUGUGCACCCUCUUUGGACACACACCCUUUACCCGCUGUGGAGGUGGUUGUGCCAACAGGGGCUGCUGGUAACCUUGCAGCUGGGUGUAUUGCUCAGAAAAUGGGCCUGCCCAUCCGCCUGGUCGUGGCAGUGAACCGCAAUGACAUCAUCCACAGGACUGUCCAGCGGGGGGACUUCUCUAUGUCUGAGGCUGUCACACCAACCUUGGCAUCAGCUAUGGACAUUCAGAUGCCCUACAACAUGGAGAGGAUCUUCUGGCUAUUCUCUGGCUCUGACAGCCAGGCGACGAGAAUCCUCAUGGAGCAGUUUGAAAGGACCCAAAGUCUGAAUCUACCCGAGGAGUUGCACAGCAAGUUCUCUAGGGUGAGCUGUACCCGUGUAGACUGGAGUGGAAUUUCUGUCUUCUGGAAUCUGUGCUUCUUGCGAUGCAACCAGACAUCAGUUUAUUUGCUUUCAGAGUCAGUGACAUCUGAAUCAGUGUCGGAUGAGGCCAUCACCAAGACCAUGUGCCGCUGCUGGGCCGAGAACCAGUACCUGCUGUGCCCCCACUCAGCCGUGGCCGUGAGCUACCAUUACCAGCAGCUGGACAAGCAGCAGCCCAGUGUUCCCCGGUGCUGUCUGGCCCCUGCCUCUGCAGCCAAGUUCCCAGAAGUUGUCCUGGCUGCCGGGCUGUUCCCUGAGACUCCUGCAGAGAUCCUAGCCUUGGAUCAUAAGGAGACCCGCUGCACCCCCAUGAGGAGAGCUGAUGACUGGACGCAGAUGCUUCGGGACACCAUUGAGGACCUAAGCCGGCAGCGAAGGGGUCGUGGCCUGAACUUAGAAUAACCAGGCUGGGGUUAGCUUCCCUUAGGCCUCAGACUGCAGGGAGCCGCACUCUCUGAGCUGCCUGUGCACCUUCUUCCCUUAAGAGCAGGCGUAGGAAGUUCUCCGAGAUUGCUCCACUGGGUUUGGGGCCAGCUGGCUUUGCUAUGUUCCAUGGCUUCCCUGUGCUCUGAUCGUGGUGGUGCUGAGCCUGUCACCAGGGAGGCUGGAUGAGGGGUGUGGGUGGUUGCCGAAGUGCCCCCAUUCCCUGCUGGACCUGCUGUAUGCGAAUAUUUCAGGGCCUGCAAAUGAAGAGCCUUGGGCACAGGAACAGCCACAGCUCCAGGGUCUUGGGACCCCAGACCUGUGAAGGUGAGGGCCGCUAUCCCUAAGCCGGCCUAGGGCUUACAGUCUGUGAGCCUCAGUUGACCAAGCCCCCAGGCCAACUCCAGGGUCCACUGUAUCAGAGGCUUCCACCCUGUUGAAUGUGGGGAAUACCUGGAAUAAAGUUCUCUUGCGGUGUGAUGGAGGUGCUGCACAUCUGGUGGGAUGCUAUGGUGUGUACACAUCUACCUGCUGUGUGGGGUCAGCCCAGUCUUGAGGGGUUGGUACAGCAGACUGGGGCAAGUGGCCCUGGUGGUGGUGGUGGUCGUGGUAUCCAUAGGGGUUGAGGUAGGGAUCAGCAGAUCACGGCCUUGUGAGAAAGUGUAGGUGCCAACAUGCAAACUGAGCCGAGUUGCCCCUUUACCUGUAUAUUGAGCACACUGGCAGACCUAGUUAUCUGUACUUCUGGGUUUACAUCUUGUGUGGCUUGAGGAGAAUUUUAGACAAACACAAACACAUGGAUGUCAACAUAAGCCUUGUGCUGUGGAGCCUGGGGACCCCUCUGGAGGGCAGGCAGGCUGGCUUGGGGUGAUGCUGCUAUCACCACCCUAAGGGCUGCUAUGAAAGGACGCCCAGGCAUCUGGCUUUCAGAACUCCCUUGUCCUGCCCCGAGGUCUAAAGGAGCUGGUCAGCCAGGGCUGAUCUCUGCCUGGCAUUCUCCAUCAGAAUAUCCCAGCCUAACAUCUUUGCAGUGCCCAGGGACAGAAGGGAAGCGCCUGAGGGUCCCCCCUGCUUGAAACUUGACAUUGAAACAUAACAUUCAAUACCAAAAGGGGAAGGAAAGAUGCUGAACCCAUAGAGAGAUGGAAGGAGUAUUCUUAGAGGAGUGACUAUGAUUCUUUACAGGCCGUGGCUGGACAGUUUCUGAGACACAUCCACCGUAACAGACACCAAUGCAGGCCCCAAAGCCACUUACCCACCAGGGAUGACAGGCCCAAUGCUUAUGGGUCACCAUGCUGUCAGAGGCCCAUGAAAAUGUCUUAAUUUCUUUUAAAACUCUGAAAAAAUGAGUAUAAUCCAGCUUGGAUUACCUUCAUCUUUCUAUCAACCCUUUUGUACAAUGGAAUUUAAAAUAUAUUUUACAGAGGAAGAGAUCCAUGAAGGCAAAAGUACCAGGGACCCCCAAAGUCAUAAUGCAGCCCCGACUGCACCUACCAUGUGUCAGGGGAGACUAUAAAAGUCAGCCCACUGACUCCUGACAGCAACUGUGAAGUAGGUUUAUAGAUGAAGAAACUGAGUCUCUUGAGAAGCAGACACUUUCCACUGGGUGCAGAGUGGCUGGGACCUGAACCCAGGCAUGUGGCCUCAGUUUGGUGUGUAGCUCUCGGCACAUACCUCACAGGUAGCCAGUCAUGUUCUGGAGGGGCUCGCUCUGCUGUCUGGCUGUCCAUCUUUCCUAGGCCCUGGCUCUGCUCCUGGCUUCCUUGUUCCCUUUCUUGGAUGGAUUUGGGAGUAUAGCUGUGCUUCUCUAGGCCCAGUUGGGGCUGCUGCAGGCCUGCUUUCUGUGUCUCUGUCAAGGUCACUGGCACCUGCUGCAGGCAGGCCUGAGCCAGUGGUUCCUUUUGCUGAAGGUCUCAGGGCACGGUUGAAAUCACAGGAAAAUCCUUGCCCGCUGGAUGGUUCUGGGACCUACUAAGCUCUGAGAGGCCACCGCACCUGGGUAGGAACAGCACAAAUAGACAAGAAACCUGAGCUUCAGGGUAUGCUGGCCAGAGGGAGUCUGGAGGACUGUGGAGAAGGUCAGGAGGGGUACAGUUUGGAGAGGCAGCCACCUCUAUAGUACACACAUACUGUAUGAGUGGAAUUGUGUUCCCCUCACCUUCCCACAUCCAUAAGUUAACUCACAGUAUGUCUGAAUGUAACUGUUUUUAGAGAUGAGGUCUUUAAAAAGGUAACUUUAUUAAAAUUAAGUCUUUAGGACAGGCCCUAAUCCAAUAUGACUAGGGUUCUUAUAAGAAGGGGGAAUUUGGAGGCAGAUAUGCAUGUGGGCAGCACUCCCAAGUCAGAGGGAGAGGUUGCUAUCUACAAAGCCAAGGAGAAAGGCCUUAGGAUGGAACCAGCCCUGAUGGCCUCUCGCUCUGAGACUCCCAUCCUCCAGAACGGUGAGGAAAUAAAUUUCUGUUGUUUAAGCCAUCCAGUCUGUGGUACUCUGUUAUGGCAGCCUUGGCUGACUAAUACACACACACCACUACCACCACCACCAGCACCACUUAAUG